AUGAAGAUUACUAUUGCACUUGUGUGCCUAUUAUUCUCAGUGAGCUAUGGACUCACCUUCUUGAAGGACGAUGUCUCUGCUAGUAUGCCUGAUAUUCAACAGGUCAUCAAGAUGGAUGUAGGAGGAGUUGAUUUUGUUAUUGAUCAGACUAUCGCUUUCUCUCAGAACAAAUUGAAGCAACAAGUUACUACCUUCAGAGGUGAUAUCCCUGCUUUCGAUAUUGUUCUUGAUUUCACUGCCGGAACUCUCUUGCAAUAUAACAAUCUCACUGGAGACUGUGGAUAUGCUGAGAUCCCCAAGUUUGACCUCGAAGCUUACCAAGCCGAUCUUAUCGCUAACCACAUUGAUUAUGCAGGCCACAGAGGGCAAAAUCUUGAUCUGUUCGAAGUAAAAUAUCCAGAAAGACCAGGAUCCAGGACCUGGGUAUAUGGUAUCUUUAUUGCCGACGAACAAGGAAACUCCUGGUACCUACCUUCAAGAUUCCAAGCCCAUGAUCCAACUCAACAAGUCCAAGACACUGAUGGAGAAUUCAUCGAUACCCAAAGCGUUGCUCACGUUGACGAUUUCACUUUCGCUUACCCACAAUGUAACCACGCCAACUCCAAGAAAUUGAGUCUUGAUUACUCCUUUGGAAUCACCGGAAUUAAUUCCGAUGCUCUUCUCUCUCUGAUUGAAUAAUUGGUUCUUAAAAUCUUUACCUAAUCUCACCCUUUCU